AUGCGACCACCGUUCCUCCCGCUAUUCGGGGCGAUAGGCUUAUCAAACGCCCUCUCAACGGCUCCAACGAAUGUGCCGAACAAAAAUGAAAAUUACAUUUUCAACGUUAUCCAAGACUCAAUGCGCCAGUGGGGAUCGUCGCUGCACCACAACGGCGUGUCGUUCUUCCUCGCGGGUGUUCCCGUCGGUACACAAUUCUACCAUGGAACAUCCACGGCCAGCCCGGUGAAUGGCACCGAGUGGUUGGCGUUUGAGCCCGAACAUGCCAUGGUCUUCGCCCGCCCGAGACGUGGCCCCCCGCCACACCUACCGCCCGACGAUAAUGAUACCGAGCAACAGGAAGGCGGCCAUAGGGAGCUGCGGAAGCGGAAACAUCAUGACACAGAUGAGAAACAUCAUGGCCCGCCGGGUGACCACCUGCCGAAGGCACUUGACGAGAAUGAGGCUGGGUAUUUGCAUACAUACGUUGCAGCCAAGGAUCUCCGCCUUCUGUACCUUGAUGGUAUGUCUGCUGCCAAGACAUCGAAGGGCACGCUUGAUGCCCAAGAUGCGAGCGAGCGCGCCAGGCUGGCCUGCGAGAUGGCCGAUAAUGAAUGGGAAGGUCGCAUUGACGGUGUGCUGCGUAUGGAAGCUGGCUUUGAGAUUAUCCUGUGCCACUUCGAGCGCGACCUAACUCCCGUGCGGAUCACCCAGGUCAAGCAGCACUCUGAGGGACAACGUGGACCUAGGGGUAACCGUAAACAUGGUGACCGAGAUGGUCAUCAUAAAGAGGGCGCUGACAAGCAACACGAUGGCCAGGGCCCAAAGAAAGAAGACGACGGAAAGCGACACGGGCCCGGUGGGCCAGGUGGUCCUGGAGGACCUCCCCACGGCGGACCUGAAAACGGACCUGACUCAUCGCGGUGGAUGCGCGCAAUCACCGCACGCUACAACGGAAUCGGUGGAAACCGUGUUUCGCUGAACUUCAAUCACUUUGUGACAGCCUUCUCCCACAAUGUAGACCUCUUCCAAGACAAUUCAACCCUGCCCCGACUUGCCAACCUCUCUGCUGAUGAGCGCGCUCUCAUCCGUGCCGAUGUCACGAAUCUGAUCAUGACUCAUGAUCCUACUGAUGUCUGCGAGGACUGGCAGGUGAUUACGGAUAUGAUUGUGACUCGGUACAGCAAGGAGCUGUCAUACUUCGCUUCCGGUAGCGUUGAUUCAGUUGAGAACCUGCAGUCUGAGAUCGAGCGUGUUCUGUCUCCAUUUAUUGACUACAGUAAGCGCAAUUAUCUUGCUGAGAUUGAGCGCUGUGCGACUCAGUUCUUACCGCCGUUGCCUUCGGAAGGUGGUGGUAUUGCGGCACAUGCUGUUCACGGCGUUGCUCACAGAAUUUGCUCGGCUUUGGUUGAGACUGGAAAGGAGCAGGAUCUUGAGUCUGCAGUGCAGGUUGUUCGGAAUCUGGUUGCUUAUCUUGAUUGGGCGACGUGGAAGGAGUGCCGGGGUUGUGCGACGAAUGAGAUUUGCGUCGUGCCAAUUUGGCCUAUGGGUACGGUCCAGGACUACAAUAGCCCUCAGUGCAAGGAUGCAUCAAAUCCAUACGAUCAGGGUGGAGAGAGUUACUGGGGUGGAAUACACCACUGA